UAGGAAUGGUAGGGCUGGUGUUAGAGUGUGUUGGGAACGAAGCCGGGGUUUUGGUACGGAGGGUGAGGGUCGAGGAAGAGCGGCAGCUGCAGCCGCCAGUCACAGGUGGCCAAACUCGUGGGAACAGAAAUUUUCUCAUGAACCACGAUACAUGGGUAUGUCUAUAAAAGGAGGGAACGUUGUAUGUUGCAAGAGCAUUUUCAUUCAGACACUCAACCAGAGCGGUUCGUAACAGAACGCACCCAGCACACAAGUUGUAUCUUACGUUCUCUCGAACAGUCUUGAGCUGCAAGUCUCAGUGGACAGUUGACUAUUAGGGAGUGCUGUGAAGAAGUGUUAAGUGUUUUUGCACAGAAGUAGAACAAAGUAAUUGAAGGGAUGAAGUUCGAAAUGCCCUUUGUUGCUAAUGGACCGAAUAGUGAGGAGUACCAGACAGUGAUUGUGAAGCAGGGACCUUCACCACCGCCUCAACCAGAACCAGUGUCCCGCACCUAUCAAUACCGGAAGGUGAUGAAGCCGAUGCUGGAACGCAAACGACGUGCCAGGAUCAAUCGGUGCCUGGAUGAAUUGAAGGAGUUGAUGGUAACGGCCCUUCAGUCUGAAGGUGAAAAUGUGUCGAAACUGGAGAAGGCUGAUAUUCUCGAACUCACAGUGAGGCACUUGCAUAAACUCCGUCGGCAACAGAGACUCUGUGCCAAUCCCGUCAUUGACUCUGACCGUUUCCGGGCGGGAUUCACCCAUGCUGCCAAUGAGGUAUCACGCUGCCUAGCUUCAACUCCUGGGGUAGAUAUUACCCUAGGUACGAAACUAAUGACCCAUUUGGGACAUCGCCUCAACGAACUGGACAAAAUCCAACCGUUGUCCAUCCAUGUGAGUCAGCAACCCUAUACCCCACCUUCCUCACCAUCAACAUCGAUCUGCAGCAGUGAGGCUGGACCUCACUACACCAUGCCACUCACCCCGGCAUCAUCACGAUCCUGCCGAUCUCCGUCUCCGCGAUCUGAGACUCUGACUGCGGCCAACACGGCAGGGCUCCUACGGGUUGUACCGGCUCUCCAAGCUACAGCCGGUGGGGUCUGGAGACCUUGGUGAACCCAACCGACCCCAAAAAAAACCCAAACCCCAGUGAUUGCGCUGAUCCUCAAACGUGCAAAGAGUAUCAAUUCCAAAAGAUUGAUCCACCGAUCUCUGUUUUUUUUUUUUAAUAUUUCUUGUUUUCUAUCACCGUAAGAUAUUUAAUUAGUAGGUAGGAUCAUGUGAACUCAACAAUCUCGUGAAAUAUCUCACUCCAGUGCAGUAUUGGCUGGACCAUUAGUGUUUUUCCUUUAUUGCAAAGUUUGUUUUCUUUAUUAGUUAUUCAAAAUUUUUUGAGCAGAGUACAAAUUAAUUUUUUAUGUAAAAAAAAAACCUUAAAAUUCUUGCAUUUAAUUGAUGAGAUUGUUAGAGUAGCUUUUUUUUGAAGGUAUCUCAAUGAUUUUGGACUUUGACUAAAAAACAAAUUGUAACAUUGCCUUGUGGCAAAUGGCAAGAUAAAUAAGCUUUAAUUAGAAUGUAAGUUUUGUGAUAUCAAAAGAAUGAAAUUAAGAGAAAAAAAGAGAAAAUUCAAACAUAAA